UGAAUGGAACUUGGAAUUCAACAAGUUUUGAUUUUCUGUCAUCUCUCCCUCGGGCCCAAUGUUCUUUAAAAAUUCUCAAGAUGGCUUAGAAUGGUUUAGCAUGGACAAUUCUCUUCAAUUUGAUGGCUGGCUAAAGGGUAUUGUCAGGAGAUUUUCAAGUCUAAGUUCUGAUGAAAAAACCGAAACUUUAAAUGAACUUUUGUCCAUCUGCAACAGUGAGCAGCUAUGGAGUCUACAUCAGAAGCUGCCAGAUUUCUUGUACCGCGAUUUUAUCCUGCUACUUCCUCCCGAGAUAACAGAAAAGAUCUUACGAUAUCUCUCUCCGUCUUGUCUACUCAGCGCUAUUGGAGUAUCAAAAGGAUGGAAUCUCAAAAUCAGUGGAAUGAAUCAGUUGUGGAAAGAACAGUGCAAUAUAGUUGGUUGUAAUCUAAAUGCCUCACUAGAUAUAGAUUACAGAGCUAGCUGUGUUCAAGGAUUAAGACUGCGACAUGAACUGCAAGAAGGAAGAGUUUGGGAUCAGGAAGGAUUAGUGAAUCUUGUCAAACCUCCAGGACGAUUCUCAGCUCUUCAUCACCAUUUAGGACACAUAGCAGGUGGGACAGCAGAUAGCAGUCAUACAACAGCUGUAGAAGACAGUGGAGAGUCAAUUGUGAUUUGGUCCGUGUCAGCAAAUAGAGUUGAUGUAAGCUUUCCUGUUUCCGGAUCUGUAUCUUGUAUCAAACUGCUCUACCCGGUUAUGGUGGUUUGUGGACAUUUUGAUGGCACACUCUCGUCUCAUAAGGUGUGUGGUAUGGCAAGUUCCUACAAACCUCCCUUGCGCGGAUUUCAUAGAUUUUCCGAGCCUGGUAGUCUGCUCAAGAAAUUUAGACUUCAUACAUCUCCAGUUUUAUCCUUGGAUUUUGACAUGGAUGAAAAUAUUCUCGUAUCUGGGUCUGCUGAUUGCACCACCAAGAUUUGGGAGCUAUCAAGUGGUGCUCUGCUUAAAACCUUGGCUAGUCAGAGUCACUGGGUUCUUAGUGUUAUAUUUGCGUCAUACUCAAUCCACUCUAUUCCAGCCUUUAGGGAUCGUCAGGUUUUGAUUAUUAUGACGCGAGAUGAUAUUCAACUAUUCUCCUGGGAUCCAGAAAGAAAAUGUGUCCGUGGUCCAACUGAUCAAAAUGAAUGUCAAAAUAUUGUAAACCUGAAGGAAGUAAAACAAAAACAAACUCUGAAAGAAAUUGAAAAUCAUGAUCUCUACAUUCCACUGAAAUCUGUGACUGAUGCUAUUCAAUCUUUUUUCUUCACUCCUGGACUUCACUUCGACGGCCGCCGAAUAUCUUUUGUUCGUCAGAUGCCUAUGUUCGACACUCAAACUAUUGGGGAUGCGGACAUUGUUACAAUUGAUACAGAAACUGGUAAAGUUGUACAGAGUGUUCAUGUGAAUCAGAAAAUACGGAAGCUUUUGGCAAUUGGAAAGAGGUUUGCCGUUAUCCUCCUACCCUUUGUGGAUAGUAAAUACAAAAACUUAGCUGUUGUGGAUCUUUUAAAUAGGGAAAUUAUCGGAGGAUGCACUGUUCCUCACUCCAGAGCUUCAACUCCGGACUUCAGCCAGGUUAGCAUCGGAGAUACAGCAUGGUUGGAUGGAUUUACAG